UCCUGCAUCUAUUCCUUUGGAGAGAGAGGCUGUUAAGACCGGACAGAUGGUGACCUUUCUUUGCCAUUUACACAAUGAAUCUUGUAUUGACCUGCCCUGUAAUGAUGAGCAUGUAUCAGACCGUUGGCAUUAGAGUGGAACCUUGACAAAGUAAAGGAUGCUACCUGAUGUGAAAAAUGUGAUUCGUUGACGCUUUACGCACGUAAAAGAAAUAUCCACAGGCGGUGGCACAUGCUGACAUGGAUACAACUUUGAACCCACUCUUGGUGACAAGUGUUUAUUACGAAGAUGAAGGCAAUGACACCACUAUAAAUCUAUUUGAACAGCCAGACUGGCAAGUGGCACUAUGGGCGAUUGCCUACUCUCUAAUCGUGUUCGUGUCGGUCGUGGGGAAUGUCACUGUCAUCUGGAUAAUCUUGGCGCACAAAAGAAUGCGGACCGUGACCAACUAUUUUAUUGUCAACUUGGCGUUUUCGGAUGUAUCUAUGGCAACAUUUAACACUGCGUUUAACUUCGUGUACGCUCUACACAACGACUGGUACUUUGGAUUGGGGUAUUGCAAAUUUCACAACUUUUUCCCCAUCACUGCGAUGUUCUCCAGUAUAUACUCCAUGGCUGCGAUAGCGGUUGACAGGUACUUGGCCAUCAUCCACCCCCUGAAGCCGCGCCUGUCCUCCACCACCACCCGGGUGGUGAUCGUGCUGAUCUGGGUGGUGGCCUGCUCGCUGGCCUUCCCCCAGUGCUUCUACGCCAGCACCAAGUUCUACCCCCCGCGCACCGUCUGCAUGGUGGAGUGGCCCGAGGAGGAACAGGGGCUACACCAGCUCAUAUACCAUACAUCUGUGAUUGUGCUGAUCUACUUGCUCCCUCUGCUGGUCAUGUUAGUGACCUACAGUCUGGUUGGAUACCGGCUGUGGGGUGGGGAGAUCCCGGGGGAGGCAACGGAACACUACCAAAACCAAAUUCAGGCCAAGCGCAAGGUGGUGAAGAUGAUGAUCGUGGUGGUGGUGACGUUUGCUAUCUGCUGGCUGCCCUAUCACAUCUACUUCAUCCUGGGCAGCUUCAACAGGGACAUCUACAAGCAGCGCUUCAUCCAACAGGUCUACUUGGCUAUCUUCUGGCUGGCCAUGAGCUCCACCAUGUACAACCCCAUCAUAUACUGCUGUCUCAACCAGAGGUUCCGCUCGGGGUUCCGCAAGGCGUUCCGCUGGUGUCCCUUCAUCAGGGUGUCGGAGGAGGACAACAUGGAGCUCCAGGCCAUGCGAACCUUCCGCACCACCCGCAGCUACCGCACAGAGACCACCAACACCACGCUGCGCAACCACGACAACACCAACACCAUGCUGCGUAACCACGACAACACCAACACCAUACUGCGUAACCACGACAACACCAACUACAUGCUGCGUAACCACGAUAACGCCAACAGCAUGCCGCGCAACCAUUGCCAUGGGGACCAACCGGAAGACACCAUCUCUAAAUUCAUCAUCAAGGACUGAUGCCAUGGUGACACCAUCUCCAAAUUCAUCAAAGAAGGAUGUCAUGCUGAUGCCACAUCUCCCUCUCCAAACUCAUCAAGGACUGAUGUGCCAAGAUGGAGGACACCAUUUUCAGACUCAUGAUGGACUGAUUCUGCAUUCGUUUACCUCGGAUCCGAUAAAGGUUUCCUUUAAAAAGGGGAAAGUGUUCUGUUAGUACGGGUUGCCAAGCAACCAUCUCAGAUCUUCGAGACAGAAGGAUAAACAAAUAAAAUGCCCCCUGAUGCCCACACCAA